AACAACGCGCGUGUUCCGCGAUCGCGAACAGAAUCCUCUAAAGGAAGCGCUGAAGAAGCGACGGUUACACUUGUAGUUCGUCCAGUGGUAUUUUCCAGGUGUCUGUGGCUUUUGUGCUCGUGAUCAGAGAUUCAUGAGAACAUAAAUCAGAAGUUUAAUCAAUCUCACUUGCCGACUUGCAGUUUUCCCGCCAGUUACUUCGAGGUGAUUAGGUAUACGACAGCACAUCGCGGCCACCUUUGAGCGGAUGCGGAUGUUGCUAAAGCGGAAGUCCGCACGGUUCUAGCUGUUGGGGAAAUAGCAGAGGGGAAAGUGGUGCCAGAACAUCCACAUUAAAACGGAAAGCGGAAAUCAAACUGAAUUGUGACGCCACACUCGGACUCAUAAUGUUCGAACCCAAGCUGCUCCAGAAACAGCAACACACGAGCAAUAAAACAUAAUGUUGAAGCAGCAGUAGCUGUAGCUGUAGCACUGAGGCAGAAAGAACACACACAAAUGUACACAGAGCCAAAGGCAUUCCAUUGAAAGUACACGACAAAGAAGGAUCCUCUUGCACCAGAGCCAGGAGCAGAGCCUCUCAAGUGAGGCCAAUUCCUUGAGCGACAAACGAUUUACAGUCUGAACAGACGACGACGACGGCGACGGCGACUAUGACAAAAUGGCGGACUUGGAACGCAUACGCCUCGUGCUGCUUGGCGGGGCCGGAGUGGGCAAGAGCUCCAUUGUAAAGCGUUUCCUAUUUAAAACCUACACAGACAAGUACCGCGCCACCGUCGAGGAUCUCUACAACCGCGAGUACGACCUGGGUGGCGUCACGUUAAAGGACAUUCCUAUUGUGAUUGCCGGGAACAAAGCCGACCUGGCCCCCACCCACUGGGAGGUCAAACAGGAGGAGGUGACAGAUUGGGUUUUCUGCGAGCUGCUGUGUUUAAGGGCCAAGGUCCUCGAGUGCUCAGCGAAAGAGGACAGCAACGUGACCGAGCUGUUCAAGUCCUUGCUUUCCCUGUCCCGCUUCCUGCCCACCAGCAGCGGCAGCAGCGGGUCCGGUGGCGGGGCGGCCGGCGAGGCGGCGCCCAGCGGAUUCAAGCGCCGCUCCUCCGCCUACGUCAGUGCCUCGUCCAGUCGCAACAAAAACCGCAUGAACUGUCCGGCUUUGGGCGCGGCUGGGGGCAGCGGCGACAAGAAGCCCUCCAGCCUCGUCGAUGCGGUAGAUGUGGCCAGCACCAGUGCCGAAGCGAAGCUGAAGCCGCGUUCCAGAUCCCUCAUCCGCCGCGCCUCCCGCAAGACCAAACAGCAAAUCAACAACGCAUCCGAUGACUGCAAUUUGCAGUAAAUAUUCAAGGCGUCGGGGGCAUAAUUAAAUUAUGGAUUAUGUGGCCACACAAUAUGUAUUAUUAAUAGUGGAUUGCAGUUAAUUAGUGUGCAUAAACAAAGGGCGCGAAUAUUUUUGUUCGAUUUAAUGAGUUGAUAACGUGUUUACGGCAUUGCUCAAAGGCAAACAAACCAGUAACCCAGUCACCCAGUAUCCCUGUAACCAGUAUGUGUUGAUAAUAAAUGUACAACUCGAUAAUUAGUGUAUGCAAGCUAUACGUAUUUGCAUAUUGGCUAUCUAAUGCAUUAUUUUGUGCCACAAUGGCAUACUCCAAAAUGAAACUCCAUGCCUGGAUGCGUUCAGGAAAAAUAUUAUUUAAGGAGUGCAGAUUAUAUUCCCAUUUGUAGCAUUUACCAGACCGCAUCCAGCAGUCGAGUCCGAUGGUCGCUAUCCAUUUGUCAGAUAUCUAUGCCAAAAUGUCUCUCAGUUUUACUUAGAGAGCGAGACUGUCAGUCAGGGAAUUUGCAUCUAUGGUUCUAUGGAAAAAUAACUCUUAAGCAGAGUUAAUUGCAAAAAUUCAGGGGAAAUCGGUUUAGGGUCUGCAUUAGGAUGGGCUGUUAAUUCCUUGAACUGAAUUGAGUGGCACACCAUUUCGAUUUAUUGGUUACUACUGCUUAGGGGGACCAGUUUAUUUAUAUUUGAAAUUACUUUUUUACGACUAAAGAAUAUAGAUUUUCCACAGAGAAUUUUGAGAACUUCACUCUUGCCUGAGGUGGAAAUUUGUGCGCGGAAUUUGAAUUUAAUCAGUGACGGGAGAGGGGGAGGUCUGGCGGGGCUUCGAAGAAUCCUAAUACAGUUCAUAGAGUUCAUUUUGACGAGAAAUUAAUGGCUCAGUCGUUGUUAUUCUGGGAGAAGACUAAGUUGAAUGCGUUUUCCAUUGGCUGGCUAUCAUAAUACCUGCAGGUAUAAUAACUUAAACAUAGCUCUAAGGUUACUUCUAAAUGGAAUAUACAUAUUUACAAGUGUACACAUACUUAAUUGCACAUCUAGCUGACACUGUAGUCAAUAUUGAAAUCGUUUCAAAAAAUCUUGAUGUUCCAAUGGUGGUGGAUGGGUAAAGAGGUUUGGAUUUGAGCAGCUCCUCUCCACUUGAAUCAGACAUGAAGGCCAAAAGGAAAUCACAACGAGAAAGAGUGUGGGGAAAUGAAUACCAUAAAGCAAUUUCGUGGCAUUUUCUUUUGGCUUUCAAGAACCACUGAAAAAGUAGGAAAAUCUUUUACGGAAAGUACAACAUACAUAAAUUUACUAUGCAAAAAACGUAAUUGUAAAAUAAAUUUGAUGCGUUUUUGAGGAAUGUUUAUCAAGGAUUAUACAGGGUGUACUACUUAUGCUAAAUGGCCAAAAAAUCAAAGUUCCCACAAAGCACACUUUGGUUAAAUUUUUCGGUGCUUUGUGGGAGAUUUACGAUAAAGAAUAUUCGACAAAUCUGUUGCAUGCAAAUUAUUAUCCAUUUCCACACAAGUUACAGUUACAGUUACAGUUGCAAUGGUGUGUAUGCAUGUGUUCUGUGGGUGCAUGUGAUAAGAAACUCUUUGUGUUGUCUCUCUCUCUCUCUCUCUCUCUCUCUCUCUCUCUCUCUCUCUCUUUCUCUCUGAACUACUAAUUUAAUAAGAUUUAUUUGAAAGACUACGGAAUAAACUGUUAGAUGGUACAGAGCAUGGCAGGAGAUAACUAAUGGAUUUGUAAAUGAAAAGAAUAAAAGCAGACGCAAAGUGAAUUGUGAUGGUAUAUUGUAGAAUACAUAACAUACAUACACACCAGCAUAUACAUAUGUAUGUACAGAGUAUAAUAUAACUGUGCAGAAAGGUUGAUUUGUUCAGUAGUUUAAAUAGAGAUUUAUUUUAAUUUCUUUGUUGAUUUAGUUAUUUAGUUAUAUAUAAUAUGUAUAAGAAUAAAAUGUGCAGCGGAGUUUGUUUUAUAUGUAAUACGGUUUAUACAUUGUUACUGCGUGUAGUUAAAUGAAACAAAUCUUAAGAGCCCUCACUGGCGCUCGAUCUCUUAUCAACCAACUGUAACCUACAUACAAACAUACACACAAUACGUAUGCAUACAUAUAUAUAUAUAUAUCAGCGCCUAGUGGGAACACAUGGGGGACCCGGCAUUUUUUUAACAUUUCACCGUACACCGUAUAUCAGUAUAUCAGUACAUAUGUAUAUCAGCUGGCUAAACCACUUAUCCAAUUUAGAAAUACACACACACACAUAUGUUUUUUUGUAUACGUAAUUCGAUUGUUCUACCAAUUAAAGUUAAGCCCAAAUGGGAGUCGCUCUACUUACCACCACUAAAUCCAAAAAUACUGUAACCUAAAAAUAGUUAAAAGCAUAAAACAAAAAACCAAAGUAACUUUCUAGGUGUGCGUACAUAUGUGUAUCACUGUCAUGUACUUGUAGACUAAUUGAAUUUCAAUUCAAUUCGGCACGCCAGCCAUGUAAAUGGAACAGUAAGCAAUUUCCACUAAAUCAAUUAAAAGUAGUGCCGUGACCCCGUAUCCGCUCUCCCUUUACAGUAAGCCAGCCAGCCGCAGUGUCCAUUAAAAGUAACUAAUGGAAUUUUAUUCAAAUUAUAAAUUGCAUUGGCCUAUAAAUCCGCCAUUUUCCAGCUUAAAGCAGACGUGUUUGGUGAUGAUUUGAAAUUUGCAUAAUGCAUAUAUCCAUAUGGGGAAGCCUAUUACCACUCCGAACAAUAAACAGCUUUUCUAGCGCGCUGCUUAAUUGGUUCACAUUAUGCAAAAUUUCGAAUGCAAUUUACAGUGGCAUUGAUUUUGCAUUAAGCUGGCUCAAUUCCAUGCACUGCAGCGUGUGUGUAGGCUUAUAUUGCGAAUGAGAAAUGCUCAGGCCAAUCCUAGUUGCGUGGCCCGUUGCUAGAAGACUUAAAGUAGCUUAAUUAGCAUUAAUUUCUCUUUGAAUUUGAAAUUUCAAUGAAAUCCGCAUUACCGUGGCGCCUUCUGACGGUGGUGAGGUGAGGUCACUGCUAGCACAUUUAAUACGACACCUGGCGAAAAAUACUCGUACUAUAGUCACACCUGUAAAGCUCUUGCUCACGCGUCAAUGCAUUUUUAGUGAAUUUCCAGAUGGGCGUCACUGUAACCGAAUUAGCAAUUUUUUUAUAGCUAGUUUUUAGUCAAUAGAAGCAAGUAUUUAGAAUAAACCAGUUAAGAAGAAAAAUUAUUCACGAUUCGUAUAAAAUUAUGUGGGCGGCUAAGUGUGCUAUAUAGCUAGUAAUAAACAACAAAUGAGUCCGCAAAAACCAGCAACAUUGAUGUCACAACCUGCGACUAUGAACAUUUUUGUUAAAACAGUGUUUUUGUCAAAACAAAAAACAUGCAAGUACUUAAAAGUAGUUAAUCCUGAUUAAAAUUGAUUCAUCAAUCAUAUAAAAUUAUCUGGGCAAAACUGCGAGAUCUUUAUAGCUGGGAAUAAUCAACGGAAGAAAGAAUAACCAGGAAUUAGUCGUUCUAACCGGAUGACAACAAUGAUUACCGGCAACACUAAUUCCCAUACCCUGAGAAAAGGAUGUUAUAGAAUUGAGAAAAUGUUUUCAUCCCAGUCUGCGUAGGUAUCAGGAUCGAGAUAAAUAUAUAAAAGAUACUAAUAAUGUACUUGAAUAUGUCUAAAGAAUAUCAAUUUGAGAAAAGGUCUUAAUGAAUUAAGUUUGAUCUUCAUAUUAUAUUAACGAAAUAGGGUAUACACGCUUCUUGUCUUCAAAUACCAGCAACAUUGCGACAGUUUUUUUGUUAAACUUUUUUGUUUAAGCCUUGUUUUAGCCAAAAUACAAUAAAAGCAAAGACUAAGAACUAGCCAAUCUUGUAGAACAUUUAUUCAUCAACAGCCUAAAAUUAUGUGGGCAGAACUAAAGGUUUUAGUUAGCCAGGAUUAUUCAAGCGAAUAAAGAAAUUGAGCAAUUAGAACGACUAUCCCCUUUCGAUUUUGACCUAUUUCACUAAAACCUUUUUUGGUUGACCAUUUUCGCUAAAACCUUUUGGC